AUCUCCAAUCAUUUCUUUUUGCCUUGCUAAAAGCUACUUCCUCCGUCCUAAAACUUUCUUCCUACUUCCCCUUUUCCCCGUCCUAAAACUACCUUCCCAUUAGAAAAAAAAGAUGACAAAUGACAUUAAUACCUUCAUGUAUUUACACCAAUUAUCUUCUAACUCUAUAUUUUGAAUGCUUGCAAAAAAAAUUUUAAAAAAUCUUUUUUAAGGAGGGUAAAAUUUAAAGUCAAAGCCAAAAAUUAAAAAUAGGGAAAAGUCAAACUGGGAAGAAAGAAUUAGGACGGAGGGAAAUAUAAAAAUAAUCAGAAGAAUUAAAACAUAAAAGAUAUGCAAGAAUGGGUAACGCUCCCACUUGCGGCGGUUUCCGGCGGAGUUUUGCUUUCUCUUCUGAUCAUCAUAAUCUUCCUAAGUUCAUGCCCCCGCCGCCAUAAAAGCAGCGAUCGUCUAAUCCAGCAAAAGGGCCUGCGUCAUCAUCGCGUCACCCUUCAUCGUCUGGAUAAAAACGGCGACAAGAAGACAAACUACUUCGUUUCCCUGCGUGGGCCGCCGGAAAAUCCAAUCUUCCGAUGGGCUGACCACCCCUCCUUCGUAACCGACGCCGUCGAAAAUGGGUGGUCGGGGUUCGGAUUCGUCGCCUGCUCUUCAUCGCCGACGAGCGUCCGGCGAGGCAUGUCUCUGUUCGGGCGCCGUCAGAAAAUUCCCGGCGGCGAUCAGGGGAGUCGAAUGGAGGUGGAUAUAACUCGGGAGGCCUCCCAAGACGGCGUGCAGAAAAUCCAAUUUCGAAAAAAUUCAGGGACCUCGAGGAAAAUAAAAAACAGUCAAAGGGGUGGUUCUUUAACAAUUGUGAAGACCAUACUGCCCUUACCUGGCCCACCAUUGGGGACUUUGGCUUUCCCAGAAGAAGCCUAUUUUGAAAUUACAAUCUUGUCCUUCAUGGAUCAAGAACCAAUUGGGAAGAGAAAAGAAUCAGAAGGGGAGAAAAUAAAGCUCAUUCAUGAGAAUACAAAUGCAGCUGCUGAUAACAAUGGCAUUGAAAAUCUGAAUGAUGACGACGAAGGAAAUGGGAUUCUAACGGAAAGGACAGAUUUUGUCGGAUUAUGCGUCGGGCUAACCGGAGCCGGCGAUCCUCCGGCGAAGAUUCCGGGGACAUAUCCGGGCUCUGUUGGAUUCAAUUCUAAUGCCUCUGUUUUUCUUGCUGGGACAAGACUAGUGGGGGAAAGUGAUUCAAGAAGAUGGGGAAGAGCAGGAAAGGUGAUAGGGAUUGGAUACAACACCGCCCAAAAGAAAGUUUUCUUCACAGUGGACUCAAAUCUGUUGUACGAAAUCCACUGCGAGUCGGAGGAAUUCGGGAGCCCGCUCCACCCCACCAUAUCCGCCGCCACCGGCGCCGCCGCAGAUGAGGCCGACGUCACGGUGUCAGUGAACCUGGGCCAAACCCAUUUCAAAUACGCCCCGGCGAAUCUUCGCCGGACUCCGAACCCGUGUUUAACCAUGACAGAGCAGUGCCCUUCUUCUUCUUCGGGUUUGGGAUGCGGAGAAGACAGCAGAGAGCUUUUCUCCAUGGGGAGAAUCGAUUCAGAGUGGCUGAUGAUCGGCGAAGGCGCAAAGAGUAGAAGCGUAAAACGAGGAGUUGACGACGAUGAUCUGGAAUCGGACGGAGAUUUGUUUGAGAUUGCAUUGGAUGGUUCUGGAAUAUCGCCCAAUGUUUUGAGAAUAUAGAGAAUCAUCUUAUGAACUGUUCUUUUAAAAUGUUUUGUUGAUACAAAAAAGUAUGGAAAAUGCU